AUGAGCAUCGAUUUUUACUCUGUUGAAAGCUGUAUCCAGCACUUCUUCGACACCUCAACUACAGUUACAAGGGCGGAAUGUGAUAUGAAAGCCGCAUCUCUUGUCGGUGGGUCAGUGACUCCAGUGCCUAUACAGGGUGUAUGGAGCUAUACAGUCACUGGCGGCCCAGAUCAGGCAGAUAUUGUGCAGUUCCGCGCGGAGCGAUCCAAGCUGGAUAUGGCAAAUAUGAGAAUCGCUGAGCUAGUUCACACAAAAGAUGUUCCCAGGUGCAAGUAUUACGGGCAAAUCGGUAGCCAAAAUCCUUUGUCUAUCUACGUGAUGGAGAAGCGUGAUGGCUUCCGGACUGUUGGUGACCUUGCAAGGUUCUUCGCAGCAGCAUGGCGGGGGGCGCAGGAAGUGUCUCCGUCUACUGUCAAUACCUUGCACAAGGAAUUUGAAAGUGAUCUUAAUCGACUAUUUCAACGGCUUCCUGAUCGCUUUACGGAAACACUCAAUCUGGUCCGCCAGAACCUGCCCAGAAUCUUCACCCUUCCCUCUGUCAUCACUCACGGUGACCUCAACGAAACCAACAUUCUUGUUGAUAAUGCCGGCCAUAUUUCUGGCGUUAUUGAUUGGGCAGAGUCAAAAAUAUACCCAUUUGGGAUGUCGCUAUGGGCAUUAGAGAACCUUCUUGGCUAUAUGGAUAGCAAUGGCUGGCAUUACUAUGAUAAUGCUCAGGAGCUCAGAGAUGAGUUUUGGCGAAUCUUUGAGACUGACAUUGGAGGCAUUCAGGAGGAUGUUAAGGUAAAUAUCCGUUUUGCAAGGAUGAUUGGAUUAUUCCUACGAUAUGGCUUUCAUCAAGAUGGGGCAGUAAGAGGAAAAGUAAGGGAUACUGAUAUUGCCCUUAGGUAUGCUGAUGCUUUUUGCACAGAAGGUAUCUGA